AGUGACUCUUCAGCCUUUUAAGCUCUCUGUCGCUGUCAACUCUCUCUCAUUCAAUCAUGCCUUCAAACACCGCUGCCAGCAUGUUUGGUGGAGCAGGGGGAAGGGGUUCUAGGGUGUCUGUGGCGAGCCUGGAGGGGCUGCGUAACGUGCUGCGCAACGAGACGGACAGAGAUGCCGCUCCCGCCGCUCCAGCGACACCUGCGGAUACCCCUCCGGCCGCGCCUGCUGCCCCAGGGGACGACAAGCAGGCACUUCGGGGUCUGAACGGCCGGCUGUCCGGCUACGUGGACCGGGUGAAACAGCUGCAAAAGGAUAACGACGACAUGGAGAAACAGAUUGAUGACAUUUUGGCCAAGAGGAGAACACCCGAGGGGCGCGACUGGGAUGAGCUGGAAAAACCCCUGGAUAACCUCAAGCAGAGGAUCAAAGACAUCACCAAGGACAACGCCAAGCUGCUGCUCCAGAUUGACAACACCAAGCUUGCUAAUGAUGACUUUAAGAACAAGCUGGACGAUGAAAAAAAGGCACGGAAGGAAGUAGAAAAAGACCUGGAGGAUCUGAAGAAGACCGCUAAGAAUUCCAAGCUGAACCGCAUGCAGACACAGAAAGAGAUUGAUCUGGUGAAGGAGGAGCUCGCUCGCCUCAAGCAGGAGCACAAAGAGGAAGUGGAUGUCCUGCGUGAGAAGAUCAAGAACUCUGAGGUGAACGUGGAGAUUGAUUCUCGGGACUCUAACCUGGCUGAGGUUCUCGACAAGAUCCGCCUCCAGUACGAUAACAUCGCCAGGAAGAACCUGAAAGACUGCGAGGACUGGUACGAGGGCAAGUUUAGAGACAUCAAGUGGGUGCAGGCCCAAAACAAUGAAGACCUGCACACUGGACAGUCAGAGCUCAAGGAUCUGCAGAAACAGGCCCAGUCUCUGGAUAUUAAGAGCCAGAGUUACCACAGCAAGAUCCACGGUCUGGAGGAGGCCCUGAGGAGCACCAAAGUGGAGUACGGUCAGCGUCUGUCCCCCCUCAACCAGCUGAUACUGAACCUGCAGGCGGAGCUGAAGGAAGUGAGGGCGCGGGUGGAGCGCCACGUGGAAGACAACAAUAAUCUGCUGUGUGUGAAGAUGAAGCUGGAGGCGGAAAUCAACAACUACCAGCGACUGAUGCAAGACAUGACCCCUGAUCCCGAAAGCUUGUAGUUUUCUAUAAAAGAC